AUGCCUCCAGACGAGCCGUCAACCGAGUCAACACAGCGCCGAAUAGCUGCAAAGCGAAAGCGAGAGACGCCAGCGUCACGCCUUGCAGAGAAGCGAAAGAGCAAUGCAAGUACACCGAAUGCAUAUUCACGACGUUCACCCCCUCGAGAAGCCCCAAGGGAUCCUCCGCCGGAUCCAGACGAUGAUGGAGAUCGAUCUCCUCCCCGCAAAUUGAAGAGACCGGGUGGAGGUUCGCGCGUAGCAACCGUGAACCGGGAAGCUGCUGAACGAGACAGGAGACAGAGAGAGGAAGAAACACGCAGAGCUAUCGCAGAGCGACAGAGAGCUGGGGUAGAAGUCAUUGCCGAGCAUUACAAUGCUGUUCCAGAGCGAGGUAGGGAAUGGCGGUCGACCGAAAGUAAAAUUGCUGGUCUGCGCAGCCUGAACAAUUGGAUCAAGUCGACACUCAUUCAGAAAUUCUCGCGGCCUGAAGUACCUGUCCAUGACAUGAAGGUGCUGGACAUGGCUUGUGGCAAGGGUGGUGAUCUGGGCAAGUGGAAGAAGGCACCGCAGAUACCUGUACUCUACGUGGGGUGCGAUAUUGCCAGUGUCUCGAUCAACGAUGCCCGAAAGAGAUACGAGGAGGAUCUACACAAGAGCAGAGGGAGACCCCCCCGCAUGCAAGCAGAGUUCUACGUGCAAGACACGUUUGCUCGCUCGCUCAUGGAGAUUCCCAUCAUUCGCAAUGUCGGAUUCAACCCAAACUCUGGUCCCGGACCGAUGAUCAUCCAAGGCGGCAUGAUGUCCGGAGGGUUUGAUGUCGUCAGCAUGAUGUUCGCCCUGCAUUACUCCUUCGAGUCGGAAGAACUUGCAAGGGGCAUGCUGAGGAACGUCUCGGGGGCAUUGAAAAAGGGAGGCCGCUUCAUCGGUGUCAUGCCAAACAGCGAUACCAUCUCGGCACAGGUGAAGAGUCUCCUCGCCAAGGAAUCGUCGGGCAAGACACCAAAUGGCACCACGCCUGGCCAGAACGGUGCAGUCUCUAGCAGCAGGGAGCCGGAUGACGAGGAAGAUGACUGGGAUCCCGAGAAGCCUUCGGAGCCAAAUGGAGAAGUUGACGAGGACGAAUGGGAUCCGGAGAAACCGAGCGAGCCAGUUGCCACGACGAACGACGAGGGUGAUGACGAUUGGGACCCGGAAAAGCCAUCUGAGCCGGUACAGGAACUGAAGACCGAUGGGGACGCACCGAAACAACAACCGCAGACGAACGGCGAAUCUCACGUAGCGGAAGAUCCGGAUCUACCGCCGCUAGAGUGGAAGAACGAGAUCUACAGCGUCCGCUUCCCACGUCAGCAAACCCUGGUGAAGAAGCAUUUGCCUAAAGAUGGCAUCUUCCGUCCUCCCUUUGGUUGGAAAUACCACUAUCAUCUCGAGGAAGCUGUCGAAGCGCCGGAAUUCGUCGUGCCUUGGGAAGCUUUCCGUGCGCUUGCAGAAGACUACGGUCUCGAACUCCUAUAUCGUAAGGGAUUCCGAGAUGUCUUCGAGCACGAGUCGGUUGAUCGAGAACUCGGUGAGCUGGCGAAGCGAAUGAGAGUUGUCGAUAACAAUGGCAACUUGAAGGUCUCGGAGCAAGAAAUGGAAGCUGCAAGUUUCUACCAUGCCUUCUGCUUCUACAAGACUUGA